AUGGCCAGCAGAGGCCAGCAGCAGCUGGGCAAUUACUUGGAGCUAUUGAAGAAGGAGGAGCUGAAGGAGUUCCAGCUUCGGCUGUCCAGUGAAGCAGCUGUUCCACCAGAGAAGAUGAGUGGCAUGGAGAUGGCCUCACACCUGGUGGCUCAGUAUGGUCAACAGCAGGCCUGGGACCUGGCCCUGCGCUCACUCCAUGCCCAGGCCCAGGCAGAGGUGGGCUCAUUGUCAGGAAUGAGAGAAAGAUACCACAGCCAGAGAAGAAAGAACCCAGGUUUCACACAGUCCUGGAAAAAUGAGGAUUUACACCAAAAAUUCACACAGCUGCUACUUCUGCAAAGAUGUACCCCCAGAGACCAAAAGUCUCUGCUCAGGCAAAGAUGGAAUCUCAGAGUGCUGAAAUAUAAAGGGCGUUUCAUUAAAAUCAGAGACUUGUUUUGCCCAUGCCCGGAAACCCAAGAAGAACCUCGCAUUGUCAUACUAUAUGGAGUGGAUGGAAUUGGGAAGUCAACACUGGCUAGGCAGGUGCAGAAAGCCUGGGAGAAAGGUCAGAUAUACCAGGACCACUUCCAGCACAUCUUCUACUUCAGCUGCAGAGAGCUGGCCCAGUCCAAUGUGAUAAGUCUCGCUGAACUCAUCACAAAAGCCCAGGCAGCUCCUUCAGCUCCCCUUGAGCAGGUCCUGUCCCGGCCAGAGCAGCUGCUCUUCAUCCUUGAUGGCAUAGAUGAACCAAGAUGGGUCUUGCAGGAGCAAAGUACUGAGGUCUGUCUGCACUGGAGCCAGCCACAGGAAGUGGCUGCACUAUUGGGCAGUUUGCUGGGGAAAACCAUACUUCCCGAGGCAUCUUUCCUGAUCACGACUCGGACUGUGGAUUUGCAGAAGCUCAUUCCUUCUUUGAAGCAGCCACGUUGGGUGGAGGUCCUGGGGUUCUCUGAGUCUGGAAGAAAGGAAUAUUUCUACAACUAUUUCACAGAUGAAAGCCAAGCACUUAGAGCUCUCUUCUUGGUUGAGUCAAACCCAGCAGUCUGGACCAUGUGUCUCGUGCCCUGGCUGUCCUGGCUGGUCUGCACCUGCCUGAAGCAGCAGAUGGAGAGUGGGGAGGAUCUCACACUGACCACCACGACUGCCACAGGCCUCUGCCUACACUAUCUCUCCCAGGUUAUCCCAGCUCAGUGCCUCAGGCACCAGCUGAGAGGCAUCUGCUCUCUGGCUGCUGAGGGCAUAUGGCAAGGAAAGAGCCUUUUCAGCCUAGAUGACCUCAGAAAACACAGGUUAGAUAAGCCCAUCAUCUCUGCUUUCUUGAAGAUGCGUAUUCUUCAAAAGCACCCCACCUCCCUGACCUAUAGCUUCAUCCACUUGUGUUUCCAGGAAUUCUUUGUGGCGAUGUCCUGUGCCCUGGGGGAUGAGGAGGAGAGAAGUGAACAUCCUAACAGCAUUGGAGGCGUGCGGAGGUUGCUAGAUGCAUAUGAAAGGCAUGUCCUAGUCAGGGCACCAACCAGGUGUUUCCUAUUUGGCCUUUUAAGUGAGCAAGUGGGGAGAGAGAUGGAGAGCAUCUUCACCUGCCAGCGGGCUCCAGAGCUGAAGCAGGAACUCCUGCAGUGGGCCAAGUGGGAGGCCCAGGAAAUGCGGUUUCCCAGGCAGCCUGGCUUUCUGGAGUUGUUCCACUGUUUAUACGAGACUCAGGAUGAGGAGUUUGUGACAGAGGUGAUGGGUCAUUUCCAAGGAUCAAGUGUGUAUGUCCAAACAGAUAUGGAGCUCCUGGUGUUCACUUUCUGCAUCAAAUUCUGCCACCAUGUGGAGAGCCUUCAACUGCAUGAGGGUGGACAGCCCAGGUCAACAUGGAGGCCCGCCAGGGUAAUCCUGGUCAUGCAGGUCCCAGUCACAGAUGCUUGUUGGCAGCUUCUGUUCUCCAUUCUUAAAGACACUGGAAACCUGAAGGAGCUGGACCUGAGUGGAAACCCACUGAGCUGCUCUGCAGUGCAGAGUCUUAGUGAGACCCUGAGAUGUCCUUGCUGCCACCUGGAGACCCUGCGGUUGGCCAACUGUGGCCUCACAGCGGAGGGCUGCAAGGACCUUGCCUUUGGGCUGAGCACCAGCCAAACCCUGACUGAGCUGGAGCUGAGCUUCAACAUGGUCACGGAUGCAGGAGCCAAGCAUCUUUGCCAGAGACUGAGACAGCAGAGUUGCAGGCUGCAGCGACUACAGCUGGUCAGCUGUGGCCUCACAUUCAGCUGCUGCCAGGACCUGGCCUCUAUGCUCAGCACCAGCCGCAGCCUGAAGGAGCUGGACCUGCAGCAGAACGACCUGGGAGACCUUGGUGUGAGGCUGCUCUGUGAGGGGCUAAGGCAUCCCGCCUGCUCACUCACGCUCCUGUGGCUGGACCAGGACCCUCUGGGUACAGAGCUGAAGCAGGAGCUGAGGACGCUGGAGAAAGAGAAGCCUGCACUGCUCAUCUCUAACAGGAAGCCAAUUGUGAUGAACCCUAAGGAUGGUGGAGAGAAGAGUAGUAACGUGUCCUCACUCAAGCAGCAGAAGCAAGUAUCAGAGGGAAGCUCAGCACAGGCAGAACAGGUGGACCUUCUCUCUCUGUCUUCUCCUGCACCUCCAGAGGACUUGCACAUGGAACCUCCGAGCACCAAAGAUGAAUUUUUGGGCCCCACAGGGCCUGUGGCUGCUGAGGUAGUUGACAAAGAAAGAAAGAACCUGUACCGAGUUCACUUCCCCAUGCCUGGCUCCUAUGACUGGUGCAACACAGGUCUCAGCUUUGUGGUGAGACAGGCAGUGACCAUCGAGAUUGAGUUCUGUUCCUGGAAACAAUUCCUGGAUGGGAAUGUGUCACAGCACAUCUGGAUGGUGGCAGGACCUCUGUUUGACAUCAAGGCUGAGCCAGGAUCUGUGGCAGCUGUGCACCUCUCUCACUUUGUGAACCUCCAAGGGGACCAGGUAGACGUCUCCCUGUUCCAAGUGGCACACUUUAAAGAGGAGGGGAUGCUCCUGGAGAAGCCAGCCCGGGUGGAGCCACAUUACAUCAUCCUGGAAAACCCCAGCUUCUCCCCCAUGGGAGUUCUACUGAGAAUGGUCCGCACGGCCCUGCCCUUCAUUUCUGUCACCUCUGUGGUGUUGUUGUACCAUCAUCUCAAAUGUGGGGAGGACACCUUACAUCUGUACCUGUUCCCUAGUGACUGCUCCAUUCAGAAGGCCAUUGAUGAUGAAGAAAAACAGUUACACGGUGUGAGAAUAUACAAGCCACCCCCAUCGACCUCACUAUAUAUAGGCUGUCGCUACACUGUGUCUGGCUCAGGCAAAUUGGAAAUAUUACCCAAGGAACUGAAGCUCUGCUAUCGAAGCCCCGAAGAACCCCAGCUGUUCUCUGAGAUCUACUUUGAAGCCUUGGGGUCAGGGAUCAAGCUCCAAAUAAGAGACAAGAGAGAUGAGACUGUGGUAUGGGAGGCCUUCCUGAGACAAGGAGAUCUCGGACCUGCAGCUGCUCUGGGCCCUCCAGUCACCAUAGCCCCACCUUCACCCCCAGAUACCCCAGCCUUGCUGCACUUCGUGGACAGGCAUCGAGAGCAGCUGGUAGCGCGAGUGACAUUGGUGGACUCUGUUUUGGACAAGCUGCAUGGACAGGUGCUGAAUGAUGAGCAGUAUGAGUAGGUGCGGGCUGAGGCCACCAGGCCAAACCAGAUGCGAAAGCUGUUCAGUUUCAGCAAGUCCUGGGACGAGGCCUGCAAAGAUCAGCUCUACCAAGCCCUGAAAGAGAUUCAGCCUCAUCUAAUUUUUGAUCUCUUGGAGGGAAAAGGGGGAAAAAGGGGUGUUCUACCUACUAAUGCCCACAGUGAGGGAGUCAGGUAUGGAGUUAAUAUGAGGGUUUCAGGAAUAGACUGGGGCUACCAGAAUCUGGUGGUGAAGGGUGAGCAAGGUGGGGAAAGAAGCAUCAGCCCCUUGCUCCACACCUUCUACUGGAUGGGCCUUUCUGACUCCUUGGAGCACCAGAGUGAGCCACACUUGAGCUACCAGUAG